GCUCUCACACACAUACCAAUCACACCACUCACCACAUAGACAGAAAAAGAAAAAGCAAAAAAAGAAAACUCUUCAUACCCACAUUACUACAUUAUUACUACUGCACCACCCCCUCUUCUGUUCUGUCCCGACCAACCCCUCAUGUCUUGUCGCCCAACCGGCGCGACCCAUCAACUUCGCCGGAAACUUUCCCCAAAAGGGUCAUCAAAUUCACCCAUGCCUCUCAAUUCUCAGCCUUAGAACCCUUCAAGCUCUCACCUUGUUUUUUCUUACUUUUUCCGUGCUGAAUCUCUGAAAUUACAUAGGGUUUUGAACUCUGAGCGGUAUGUACGUGGUGCCUCCGCCUCAACGCUCGGAUCCGGGUUCAGGAUCCGAUGGUUUGAGGGUUUAUCAAGCCUGGAAAGGAAGCAAUAAAUUUUUUCUCCAGGGAAGGUUUAUAUUUGGACCAGAUGUGAGAUCGUUGGCGCUGACGGUUUUCCUUAUUGUUGCUCCUGUCGCAGUUUUCUGUGUCUUUGUUGCCAGAAAACUAUUGAAUGAUUUUUCUGAUCACUGGGGGAUUUCCGUAAUGGCUGUUGCAAUCGUUUUCACAGUUUAUGACUUGGUUCUUCUUUUGUUAACAUCUGGUCGAGAUCCUGGCAUAAUACCACGCAAUUUACAUCCUCCAGAACCAGAAGGUUUCGAUAGUAAUGCAGAUCUUGGUGCUGGUCAGACUCCCCAAUUGAGGUUGCCACGGAUUAAGGAGGUUGAGGUCAAUGGCGUUGUUGUUAAGGUCAAGUAUUGUGAUACUUGCAUGCUUUACAGGCCUCCUCGAUGCUCGCACUGCUCAAUCUGUAAUAACUGUGUAGAACGGUUUGAUCAUCACUGUCCCUGGGUCGGUCAGUGUAUUGGGCUGCGUAAUUAUCGCUUCUUCUUCAUGUUUGUCUUCUCAACUACGCUACUUUGUGUGUACGUUUUUGCAUUUAGCUGGAUCUAUAUUAGAAGAAUUAUGUCGUAUGAGGAAACAACAAUUUGGAAGGCAAUGAUCAAAACUCCAGCCUCCAUAGUUUUAAUAAUUUACACCUUCAUAUCAAUGUGGUUUGUCGGUGGCCUCACCGCAUUCCAUUUAUAUCUCAUAAGUACAAACCAGACUACUUAUGAGAACUUCAGAUACCGAUAUGAUCGCCGGGCAAACCCGUAUAACAAAGGAGUGAUGAAUAAUUUCAAAGAGAUAUUCUGCAUCAGCAUAACCCCCUCAAAGAACCAUUUCAGGGCAACAGUGCCAAACGAACCAGCAUUACCUGCUCGAUCAGUGGGUGGAGGAUAUAUGAACCAAAGUUUGGGAAAACCUGGGGACGACGUAAAGAUGGGAAGGAAAGCUGUAUGGGAGAUGGACGAUUCAGAUGCUCAAAUAAGCAACGAUCGUGUGAAUGUAAAAGACGGCGAGUUGUCUUCUGAAAUUAGGACGACAGUAGAUGAAACAGUCGACCGUGUUGGAGUUCAUCCUAGGCGAUCUAGCUGGGGAAGAAAAAGUGGAAGCUGGGAAAUGUCGCCAGAAGUGUUAGCCUUGGCAGCCAGGGUCGGUGAGCAAAAUCGUGCAGGUGAAGGUAACAGUGGUAGCACUAGAGAAUCAUCUUAAGCAGGCGUUAAGCAAAUUGCCUGACCAAAAGCGACGCAACACGAAGAUUUGAUUUUUAUGGUCUUUAAAAAAGAGUUUGCCUUUUCUCAUGAGGAAACUAUAGGGCAAAAUUAUUGUAUGUGCAAAAUGGAGAGAGGGGUGUAGGUAUUUGCAGUGUGUUUGUAUUGUAAGUGUUGUAAGAAGGUAUUGUUUGGAGUGUUGUGAGUGUGAGCUUUGUUCUGCUUUGCUUGCUGUUGUAUUUAUUUAAGCUUAACGAUUAAUUGGUGUGUAGGAUCAAAAACUUGUCAAGGGUUUUCAAA